AUGAUAACCUUACAGAUGUGCUUCUUCACUACCAUCACCAUCCUCAAACAACAGCACCUUCCCUGCCAUCAAUAUUCUCCCCUUCGUCCUACACUUGCUAUAACAAUUUGCACCCUUGAUGUCUUUUGUCAGACCCACCGUGUGUGCCCAUGUUACAGCAUGAAUGCAGAAGCAAAAAAGCUUGCCUUCCUUCACAAUGUGUGUUAUCAGCGACAACUUGCCAAACAGCUACAAGUUGCCUAUGACAUUUACCUUGAACUUGAGCAGCACAUUGAAAACCGUCUUCAAACUGCCCUCGGUCAUGAUACACCAAAUUGGUGCAUGCUUAACUCAUGUCCUGCGUGUCAGUACAAGGUGGUGGGUGAACCACCCCUCAAGUAUUCAGUCCUAUGCGCCCUUGAUGGUAAUAACUCUGUGAAGCUUGUUGAUCCAGCCAUAUGCAGUGGCAACGAGCGCUGUGACCCAAGAUGUGGCUUAUCUUCAAUUUGGCUCACUGAAACUUAUGUAGAUCAAUUCAAGGAUGAGGUUCAGCAUGUGCAUCACACGCAAAACCAAUGUGUCCCACGAAAUCCAGAUGACCCUUGGCCGAGCACUGUCUGCAUUGAUCGCUGGCGAAAUGCUGCCCCAGAGUCUCAUAAAAAGAUGUUUGCCAUCUUCAAGAGGUCUGGCAUCUUUAUUGCUGUGUGUCGGCAUGGGUUCUUACUCAUGAUAUGUGAUAUGGUGCGAAGCAGGGAGCUGAUGAAAUAUCUGAUUGCCAGCAUCAGGAAACUCAUGGACAUUUUUGAUGAUAAUAUCCUAUAUGGCUAUGAUAUUAAGUGUGCAUUUGAAAAAAUUGUUAUGUGGAGCUCACUAGCAGAUGAUGCCAAGCAACUAAACCUUCAGGGAGUAGUUCCUGCAUUUCAUGGACAUACUCACAACCACCUCUACCAAGUAGAACACCACUUGAAGUACAAAGUUGGUGCUGGCAAAGAGGACUUUGAAACUUGCAAGCGAGUUUUUUCAGGCUCAAAUGCUCUGGCCAGUAAUAUAUGCAAUGUGACGGACUUCCAUCGUCAUCAAGCACUUGACGAGCAUUUUCUCUUCCAAGAUAUGGAUCAAUAUGCUGCGCUAUGUAACGGAUUUCAUCUAUCACAAUUAUGUUCAAGCGCUAAACCUUAUCUCAAUGACUACGAGUUUCAUAGUCAAUUUCUGAGUAAAGAUGAGACUAACACUGAAGUAGACUAUGUCAAAGCUUUGAAUGAGUAUGAGGAGGCCCAGCUUGAUCUGCGCCCAAUUUUUUCAGCAAAAGAUGCUGGAAUCAUACACCGGCGCCACACUCACAUUGCUAACAAGUGUGAUCAGAAGCUCGAAGUUGUCAUGGAUUACAAACGGCAGAUGGCAUUGGACAUGCAAUGGGGAGAAGACCACCCUGAGCGCAUGAAGGCACAAUCACGCAUCACGCACCAUCUUUAUCACAAGGCAGUUGAUGUUGUGGAGCGUUUGGUAGUUAUGCGUCUACUUGAGUUGACAAAAUUGCAGAUGAGUGAACUAGGCUACAAACUGCGCACCCAGAUCUCGACUGCGCUCAAGAGUCGUGCAAAUGCCAUCUGCAAUGCUCUACAAAGGUACAAUAAGUGUGCUGCACAAUUGGACCCUCCUUGUCCCUCGCUGCAGUGGGAACAAAUUGUCAAAUACUCUAUUCUAGCCGAAUUUGACCUACUCUGUGAAACAGAUGGCGUGGUUCAAGCCAAACAUUGGGCGAAUCCUGCAUACUGUCAUGCCUCCACUCAAUACUUCGAGCAACAGCAUGCUAAUGAAGAAAUUUGUUGGCUUAACGUUAAGAAUCCACCACUGGUGUCUGAAUUGUGUUGUUGUUGGGCACACCUGCAAGCUGUUAAUACAUGCCACUUGGUCCAUAUCAACCAAAUUCUGCGCCUCCAAGGGUACACUGGGCCUAUGAGCGCUGGUGAGGGUGAGGGCCACAAUGAUGGCCAGGACUUGGCAGAGCAGCAACUCGAGCAGAUACACGACUAUAUCGAAGGACUUGAUCAUCAUCUCAUAGACUUAGAAAUAGCCACAUAG